UAAUAAUUAUUUUAAUUGUGCUUCAAUGUGGCAGACAAAUGAUUGAAAUAGCUGAAAUCGAAACAGAGACAAGUGGCCAUUGAUGGGUUAAUAGUCAGCAGAAGUAGCCGCACCAGCAGUGCCACUAUUGAAUUCAGAAGCGGACAAAAGGAAUCCACGGAAGGUUAAUCAAUGUGAAGAGAGAGAAGAAAGAGCAGAACGUACAAUUCAACAAGGAGAAAAAUCUGAGAGCACAGGAGGCAUAGAAAGGGGAGCUUGCUCCUCACUUAAAGAGAGGGACACAGAAGAGCAGUGCUCCACUUUCGCCCUUGAAGAUGACGGACUUUGUGGAGCUGCUUAACAGCAUGUCCAGCACCUUCAACAGCGACUGCGCCACCACUACCGCGGAGGGGGGCACGCUGCUCAAUCUGGACCUGGCCGAAGACAAGACGCUCAAGUGGCGCAAUCUGGCCAACAAUCAGUUUGCCUGCAAGGACAAGGACAAGAAGCAGAGCCGUGCCUGCGAAGAGUUGGAGGUGGAGGGGGAGGAGCAGGCCAAGCAGAAGAGUAACCCAGAGGAGGAGCCGCAGCCAAAGCAAAAGAAAAGUGCGGAGGAGGAAAAGAAGCCGAGGAAAGUGGCGGCCACUUCGGCAGCGCAACUGGUUCCGACCGAGGAAAUUGAGGAAAACAUCAAGGAACUGCUGGCGGAUGUGGUUGACGCCGCGGCCGUGAAGCUGGAGGAAGAAGAAGCUGCAGCAGCGGUAGAGGCUGCAGCAGCGGCACCACCUGAAGGGCUGCAGAAUGCAGAUGAAGCGUCAGCAGAGAAGGAUGCGCCAGCUAAAGAGGAGGAAGACGAAAUAAAAGAAUCAGAGUCGGCAGAAACCGAAACAGAAGCAGAGACGGAGGCAGAGGCAGUGACGGAGGCAGAGGCAGAGACGGAGGCAGAAGCAGCAGAAAAGACUAGAGAAGAGGAGAAACCCGCCACAGCUCCCGCCGAAGCAGCUUCGUCAGCCGAGGGCGACGAGCGCAGUGCCGAAGUGAAAUGCAUUGGUAAUGACGCUGGUGGAGAGGCGGCAGCUGCGGGGCAGGAGCCGCCCGCCAAUGGCAGCGAUGACAACGCCGCAGCCACAACAGAAGAGGCAACAAGCAGCGGGGCAGCCGACGUGAGCCUAAUUACGGUAAAAGUGGAAAGGGAGCCAGGGAGCACGGAUGCGGAAGGCAUCAAGACUGAGACGGCGAGGGAGAGGGAUCAACCUCUGCCAGAGCGGAGGGCAGCAGCGCCACCAAAGCAGAAGGAGCUGGAAGAAACAGCAGGAGAAGCAGCGACAGAAUCCCCAUCACAACCAGAAACGUCAGCUACAGCCACAGCGACAGCAUCAGCAUCAUCUCCGACUCCGACUCCGACUCCAACUCUAACUCCAACUCCGACUUCGACUCCGGCUCCACUUGUUGUCAAUUCUGCCAGCGUUGGCGUAGAUGUCGACUGCUGCGCUGACGCAACAGAUUCGAAUUUGAUGAAUGCUGCUACUGCUGGCAGCAACAGCAACAGCAGCAGCGACCAGGCAGAAGCAACAGCAGAACCACCAGCAGCCGCGGCGAGUGCUGAUAAAAAUGAACAAGCUUCGCCUGGCAGUGCGCGGCGCUCGCGUCGCACUCCUCGACCCACAGACAGCCACAUCCCCAUCUCCAUCCCCAGCAACAGCAGGGGCACACCCACUUCCACUCCCACUCCCACUUCUGCUACCGCUGAGGAGCCACAGGCUGCUGCUGAGUGUGCUCCGCCCACUGAGACAGAGGCGGAGCCAGAAGUUGCACAUAAUGUCCAGGAAAGUCCAACUCUGGAGGAGAGCAGCGAGGCGGGCAACGUGAAGAAGGAGCCAGAAAAGCAGACGCAAGCGGAGGAUGCCUCAGGCGGCGUGGCCAGUACCAGAUCCCCGCCAGCACCUAAGCGGGGACGAGGUCGUGCAAAGAAGAUCAAAACCGAUGCAGAGUUUGAUGCGGCCCCAUCCAGCGAGACGCCCCCACUCAUCGAGGAGCCAGUCGUCGAGCGGAAGCCGGGCCGCAAGCGGAGGCUGCCCGAGGAGCAGCAGGAUCAGCCCCUGAACGAGCUAGUGGUGGUGAAGUCGGAGCAGGAGGAGACAGGGGAAACGGCUGCUCCAAGCGCUGAUGCCAAGCGGAUGCGACGCAGCGUCCGCCUGGGCAACCGCCAUCCCGCGGACGGUUCCGUCUGGGAGGAGGUCAAGACAGAGGCUCUGCCCUCGACGACCGACCUGCUACUGCCAGAGCUGGUCGGGACUGCGGGCGCCGCUGCCGUGCUGGACGAGAAGACGCCGCCCAAGAAGCGCGGACGGAAGGCCAAGAUACCGCCGGUGGCCAAAACGGAGCCGCACUCCUCGGCAUCCGCAUCAGGAAGCGCCAACUCCAGCAUGUCUCUUCCCCUGAUAAAUGGGAACAAGCGGACCGUGCCCUCGACCCAUGGGGCAGGCAUGGGGAUGGCCUCUACUGAGGUACAGCUGCCGAAGCGCUCCAAGCGACGGAUUAAGCCCACGACGAAGAUUCUGGAAAAUGACGAGCUGCGCUGUGAGUUCGAGACAAAGCACAUCGAACGCAUGACCCACUGGGAGACAGCGGCUGAGGGCGAUUCUCACUUCGAAACGCCGCAGCCGUCCGGCAGCGGGGGAGGCGGCGGCGGCGGAUCCAACUCCUCCACGUCUCGCCAGAAGAGCGACAAGUCGGAUGGCAGCGGCUUCGAUGGGGGCCAGCAUCCGGCCGGGACGAGUGCCAUCAAGAAGCGCCUGUUCUCCAAGUCGCUGCGCGACAUUGAGAACUCGGGCGCAGCCCUGCUGGCCAAAAGCCGCGUGAAGCCCAGCCCGGACGUUGAUCAGUUCCUCUGCGACAUCAAGGCAGCCAGGUUGACCGCCAACCGCUCCCCGGAGGAGCGCAAGCUGAACAAGAAGCAGCAGCGCAAGCUGGCCAAGCAGAAGGAGAAGCACCUGAAGCACCUCGGCCUCAAGCGCAACAACAGCGAGGAGGCCUCUGACAACGACAGCUCCAACACGGACAACGAGUUCGUGCCCACCACCCGCGUACAGGUGGGCAAGCCGAGUGUCACCUUGCGUCUCCGCAAUGCCGCCGCCAAGGAGCAGCUGCCCACGACCUCAGCCGCUGCAGCAGCUGCAGCUGCAUCAGCGGCCGGGACAGGGACAGGUGCCGUGGCUCCAUUGAAAUCCCAUCCUCCCCAGGCCGCAGCGAAGUUGACACGACGCGUGGCCUCACAGGCAGUAGGAAGAUCCGCAGCCCUGGACGCUGAACAGCUCCACUCGCUGAACAGGUCCAUUCUGGCGGAUGUGCCCGCAUCCCUAGACGAUGCCGGUACCGAUGCUAUUCCCACCACCUCCAAGCUGGCACUGGCCAAGUGCCUCUGCCUGUGCCAGAAGAGCUCUCAGUACUACGCCCGAAACGCACCGGACUCCUCCUACUGCUGUGCCAUCGAUAAUGUGGACGAGCAGAAGAUCGGCUGCUGCAACGAGCUCCCUGCCGAGGUGCACAACCUGCUCCGUCCCAGCCAGCGAGUUGGCUACAUGAUCCUCUGCGACGAGCACAAGAAGCGCCUUUAUGCCCACAAUUGCUGCGCCGGCUGCGGCAUCUUUUGUACGCAGGGAAAGUUUGUACUGUGCAAGCAGCAGCAUUUCUUUCAUCCGGACUGCGCCCAGCGCUUCAUCCUCAACAGUCCCUACGAUGACCAGCAGCAGCCGGGCGGAUCAGGAUCAUUGCCAGGCAGCAAGUUUAGCAGCCCCAUGCUUGUGCUGAAGUGCCCGCACUGCGGCCUGGACACGCCCGAACGCACCUCCACGGUUACCAUGAAGUGUCAGACCCUGCCCGUCUUUCUGGCCACCCAAAAGUACAAGAUCAAACCGGCUAAGCUGACCACCUCCUCGCAUCUGGCCCAGUUUGCGGGACCCGGCAAGGCCAGCGCCAAGCCCAAGGGAAGGGCUUCUUCCGCUGCAUCAGCCUCCGCCUCCGGGUCGAAAGCGAACGGAACGCCGCGCGGCGUCAAGGGUCAAAGUCAAAGUCAAACCAUGAACACCAUCAAUUUCGAGCAGCUGAUCCCCGACUCAGUGAUGAAUGUCGUUCUGCGGGGACACGUGGUGUCGGCCAGCGGGCGCGUGACCACGGAGUUCACCUCCCGCGACAUGUACUAUGCGGUGCAGAACGAUGAUCUGGAGCGGGUGGCCGAGAUUCUAGCUGCGGACUUCAAUGUGCUGACACCGAUCCGGGAGUACUUGAACGGGACCUGCCUGCAUCUGGUGGCCCACUCGGGCACCCUACAGAUGGCCUACCUGCUGCUCUGCAAGGGGGCCAGCUCCCAGGACUUUGUCAACAUCGUGGACAGCGAGCUGCGGACGGCGCUGAUGUGCGCGGUCAUGAACGAGAAGUGCGACAUGCUCAAUCUCUUCCUACAGUGCGGUGCCGAUGUGGCCAUUAAGGGUCCCGAUGGCAAGACGAGUCUGCAUAUUGCCGCCAAGCUGGGGAGCGUGGAGGCCACGCAGCUGAUCGUGGAGAGCUACAAGGCCUCGCGGAACAUUACCAACUUCCUGAGCUUCAUCGAUGCCCAGGACGAGGGCGGAUGGACAGCCAUGGUCUGGGCUGCUGAGCUCGGACACACGGACAUUGUUAGCUUGCUGCUGAACCAGGGGGCGGAUCCGAACAUCUGCGACAACGACAACAACACGGUACUGCACUGGUCGACGCUGCACAACGAUGGCCUGGACACGAUCACGGUGCUGCUGCAGGCAGGGGCCGACUGUAAUGUCCAGAAUGUGGAGGGCGAUACACCGCUCCACAUUGCCUGCCGUCAUUCGGUGACCCGAAUGUGCAUCGCCCUCAUCGCCAAUGGAGCGGAUUUGAUGGUGAAGAACAAGGCCGAGCAGUUGCCCUUCGACUGCAUACCCAACGAAGAGUCGGAGUGCGGCCGCACCGUCGGCUUCAACAUGCAGAUGCGCAGCUUUCGGCCCUUGGGCCUGCGCACCCUUGUGGUGUGUGCUGACGCCUCAAACGGGCGGGAGGCGCGCCCCAUUCAGGCGGUGCGCAACGAGCUGACGAUGUCGGAGAACGAGGAUGAAGCGGACACACUGAUGUGGCCCGACUUCCGGUACAUCACCAACUGCAUCAUCCAGCAGAACUCGGUGCAAAUCGACCGUCGCGUCUCCCAGAUGCGCAUCUGCUCCUGCCUGGAUAGCUGCAGCAGCGAUCAGUGCCAAUGCAAUGGAGCCUCCUCACAGAACUGGUACACGGCCGAGAGCCGCCUUACGUCCGACUUCAACUACGAUGACCCGGCGGUGAUCUUCGAGUGCAACGAUGUAUGCGGCUGCAACCAGCUGUCGUGCAAGAAUCGCGUGGUCCAGAACGGCACCAGAACGCCGCUGCAGAUCGUGGAGUGCGAGGACCCGGCCAAGGGCUGGGGUGUACGGGCCCUGGCCAACGUCCCCAAGGGCACCUUUGUGGCUUGCUACACGGGAGAGAUUCUGACCGCCCCAGAGGCAGAUCGGCGCACCGAUGACAGCUACUACUUCGACCUGGAGCACGGGCACUGCAUCGAUGCCAACUACUACGGCAACGUAACCCGCUUCUUCAACCACUCAUGCGAGCCCAAUGUGCUGGCCGUGCGCGUCUUCUACGAGCACCAGGACUACCGCUUCCCCAAGAUCGCCUUCUUCGCCUGCCGCGACAUCGAUGCCGGCGAAGAGAUCUGCUACGACUACGGAGAGAAGUUCUGGCGGACAGUGCAUCGCUCCGCACUUGGCUGCAAGUGCCUGACGGACUCCUGCAAGUAUGCCAACCAAUCCCCAAGCACAAAUGCCUCGCCUACGGAGGCGACGACUGCAGAGGCAGCUGCUGCGGAGUCGGCCGAGCCGGAUACGGCUUAGACUUGACAUGAUUCCAGCUCCUCCUCGACAAGACCCCACCAAGGACAUUGCAUCACAGCACGAGAAGCUCCCAGCAGCUCCCAGAAGCUCCAGCAGCCACAACAAGAGAUCGCCAUAUAUGUAUAUGAAUAUAGAUCAGCAGUGGUCGGCAGCAAUACAAUAACAUUUAUCCGCUUUGAGAACGGAUCAACAUACAACGGUAAAAUGCUAUUGUAUUGCGCAGCAGCAGCGCAGCGGCAGGAGCAGCAGCAUGACCCGUGCCGGUGCCGACCACUGAUAUAGAUGCUAUAUGUAUAUAUCCUUACCAAUCGCAUCAUGAAUCGAAAUCAGAGGCAGCCGAGCCAGCGAACCCAUCCGUUUGCAGGGCCUCUUCGACUGCCAAAUGUUUCAUGAUUUACGCAUUUUAUUUAAUUUUUUUUUUAAAUGUAAAAUGAUUGUUAAUUAUUAUUUUUGGUUGAGUUUUUUGCAAUUGUUUCCAUUAUUUGUAUCAUGAAUAUUAUUAUUGUAUUUUUAUUAUUGUAGACACAGUAACUAAACCAAUAAGUGCGGAAAACUGGCACAUGUGCAGGCCCCAUUACAAUCGCUCCCGUAUCCAUCCCCUGGCCCCCUAUUUAUGUACAUAUAUGUAUAUUUCUAUCUGCGGUGUGUGCGUGGCUGGAAUUGUUUAAUUCAGGGACUGGAGUGGAGAGAAGCGCAUCUAGUCAUAAAGAAGAGCGAGAGCGAGAGAGCUAGCAAGUCAGCCGGACAAUACUCAGUUGUGUGGGAAUCGUUUCGGAAGAAAAUAUGGCUUGGGCCUUAAG